CUUACGAAGAAUGUUAGGGGAAAAAAAAAAAAGGUUGCCAACUCGAAUCAAGUGAAGCUUUCAAAGAAGCUCGAGGAAGAGCAGAAUACAGAGCUUAGCCUUGGGCCCCAAAAAUCCAAAUGCUUCCAUGGAAAUCGAUGGCAAAGUUCCGCCUGAUCUACUGCAAGAGAGAGAGAUUUGUGCGCUCCGCCGCAAAGAGGCCAAGAGAAAGAUGAAGGAGAAGCAGCAGAGAAGGCUCCUCCUGAUCAAGGGGAGUGAUGAAAAAUUGAAUAGGCUCUCAUCUCCCAAAAUCAGCAUAUCAACCGAGCAAGUGGCAAUGGAACCCCAGACUAACCCCAUAUCUACUCCAUUGAUGCCCACACCAUAUCUGAACCAGGUGCAAUGGGUGCCAUCUGCAAACAACUACUUCAUGAUACCAGGUUGGAUUCCGCCUCCUCCAGCACAAGCCACAUUUCUUGCUACCCAUUGGCUAAAUCAACCUAUGAGAAAUGCAGCUUCUCUUCUACCUUCUGCGGUUGAGCCUCCAAUCACCUAUGGCGUGGUGUCGAACAUUGAAGGAAUUCAGUCAUGGAGAGAUUCAUCCAGAGAGAACCCUUUCACUAACACAAUUCAAGGUGUACUACAAGAGAGUGAUAACAUUUAUAUAGGAGCUACUUCCAACCAGAUAGCAAUAAAAGAAGGCACCAGUCAAGAUAAACAAUGUGGAAAUAAGAUGCCAUACGUUGUGUAAGGGGCGAUGGCUCCGAUGCUAACACCAUCCUUGGGUUACUUCGAAGUUACACUCAUGAUGCAAUCAACAUUGUAUGUCUAUGCCAUGGGAGUACCUUCACACCUUUGGAGUUUCUAAGCCAUGCAGGCUGCACUGAUGUCUCCCAGCCACUGAAAAAGAUAGUCGUAGUUCCUUCAACAUCAAUGAGAUGAGUGAAUUUUUACCCUCUUUUCCUGCUAUUGAUGUUUCAAAACUCUCUCU